UAUAUUUUAAACAGAUCAAAAUCAAAUAAAAUGGCCUUGAAUACAUUUGCUCAGUGGUUGGUGUCCUGUGCCAUGGGUGUGGCGACGGUCGCGAACGUGUUGCGCCACUGUAAGGUCGCAAACGAUAAGGAGACGGUGCCCAGGACUGUCAGCAUGACAAACACAGCGGCCAUCGAAUGCUUGGACUUGACUAUCGAAGAGGAGUCGGCGCAGCGGACUGCCAGCAAACCAUUGGACCACUCGGACAUGAUCGAACCGCCUGCUCUCGGCUCGGAGAUGGUCAGUGCGGCUCUGCAGCGUUUGUUUAGCAGCAAGGAUAAUUGUACUCUGGAUCGCAGCAGUGUGUACAUCGCUGCCAUGCACAAUAAUGCCAAUAGACAGGAGUAUACACUCGGCUCGGAGGCACUUAAUCGCAUACUGGAGGGGCUACAAGUACCAACGGGUGGGCCAGGGGUGACCGGCCAGCAGUUGUCCUUUGAACCGCCAGAAAAUGUUUAAACUGCAAGACAUGAACAAUUCAUUCAAAUAAAUUAAAGUUUCUGCCUGCAC